AUAUGGUACAUAUAACGCUAGAUAGAUAACAAUGGUGGAGAAUAAAAGAAACAACUCAUUCCUCACUUCCUAAAACCAAGUGAAAUGUGUGUACUUUCGUAAAGUUUUUUUUAUCUUAAGGAGUAUGUGGUGAAAUACAGCACAGGAUUCUUGUAAUGAUUACUCAAUUAUUGAUACAGUAGAUGUUCAGAGCCCUUAAAAUGCCUGCCAAGGCACUAGAGUCAGCAACAUAUGGCCACUUCCAUGAAGAAAACUAGUGAUUGGAUUUUCUUCCAUGAAAUCCCAAGUGAUGUUACAGUUCACAUUGGAGGUGCUUCUUUUUCAUUACAUAAGUUUCCUUUGGUGUCAAAGUGUGGUUACAUAAGAAAAAUAGUAUCAAAUCCCACAGAUUCUGAUCCUUUAGUGAUUGAAAUCCAUGAUGUCCCCGGAGGCCCUGAAGGAUUUGAACUCGCAGCAAAGUUUUGUUAUGGAAUAAACUUUGAAUUAUCAACAGAAAACAUUUCCAUUGUGAGAUGUGUUUCAGAGUUUCUUGAAAUGACAGAAGAUUAUGCAAUUGGAAACCUUGUAACAAGAUCUGAAGCCUAUUUAGAUGAAGUAGCACUUAAAACAUUAGCUGGUGCUGUCAUCAUUUUGCAAUCAUCAGUAAAUUUGUUACCGAUGGCUGAAAAAGUAAAGUUGAUUACUCGGUGUAUUGAUACUAUUGCAUAUAUCGUGACCAAAGAAAACGAGUUUUGUUCUUCUAGAAGCGCGGAUGAUUUGGUUUCUUCUUCAUCACAUCUGAAAGGUAUAGUUGAUUGGUGGGUUGAAGAUUUAAUUGUUCUUAGAAUCGAUAUAUUUCAAAGGGUUCUUCUUGCAAUGAUUUCAAGGGGAUUUAAACAAAAUGAACUUGGUCCGAUUCUAAUGCUUUAUGUGGAGAAGUGUCUUCAAGGUUUGGAGAUACAUGGAAAGAACAAGAAAAAAAUUGACUCGAAACAAGAACACGAAAAGAGGAUAGUUCUAGAAACAAUAGUAAGCCUCCUACCAAGAGAAAGAAACACAAUGUCGGUCAGCUUUCUUUCAAUGUUACUUCGGGCAGCCAUAUAUCUUGAAACAACAAUGGCAUGUAAGCUAGACUUAGAAAAACGAAUGGGCUUACAACUCGGGCAGGCAGUCUUGGAUGACAUACUAAUUCCAUCUUUUCAUUUUGAUGGUGACACAAUGUUUGAUGUUGAUACGAUCCAAAGAGUCAUGAUAAAUUACCUUGAAUACGAAUUAGAAACCAAAAAUAAUCAAGAAAAUGACAUGGAAAAAGUUGGAAAGUUAAUGGAAAGUUAUCUUGCUGAAAUAGCUUCGGAUAGGAAUUUAUUACUAUCAAAAUUUAUGAAUUUUGCUGAACAUAUUCCAGAACAAGCUAAGGUAUCAAAUGAUGCAAUUUAUAGAGCCAUUGAUAUUUACUUGAAGAAUGCACACUCAUCAUAA